AUGACUACUUCAUAUUCAUUACCAUAUGAUCAAGAAGAUUAUACUAAAACAUUCAAACCAAAAUCAAGUCUAUCUAAUCAAUUAAAUAAAUUCAUAUUACAAAAUAAAAAAAUUAUACUAUUUAUUAUAACUUUUAUCAUUUUAUCAUUAUUUACAAAUGUACCUUAUAUACCUCAUUUAAAAUUUAAUACAUCGCCCAAAAUUGUCAUUAUAUUAGCUGCUAAUGAAGGUGGUGGUGUCCUAAAAUGGAAAUCUCCUCAAGAAUGGUCAGUUGAAAGAUCUUCCAUAGCAAAUAAAAAACAUUAUGCAAAACUUCAUGGUUAUGGUUUAACAAUUAAAGAUAUGACUAUUAAAAAAAGAUAUAGUCAUGAAUGGAGAGAAAGUUGGGAAAAAGUAGAUAUAUUAAAACAAACAAUGAGACAAUUUCCAAAUACUGAAUGGUUUUGGUGGUUAGACUUACAUACUUAUAUAAUGGAACCACAAAUUAGUUUGGAACAACAUUUUCUUGAAAAUUUAAAUAAUCAAACUUAUAGAACUUUAGAAAAUUUUAAUCCUUUAAAUUUAAGAAAAGAUAUACCAUAUGUUGAUUAUACUCAACCAAUUGAUAUGAUUAUAACUCAAGAUUGUGGUGGUUUUAAUUUAGGUAGUUUUUUAUUAAGAAGAUCUCAAUGGAGUGAAAUGUUAUUAGAUAUUUGGUGGGAUCCUGCAAUGUAUGAACAAAUGCAUAUGCAAUGGGAACAUAAAGAACAAGAUGCAUUAGAAACUUUAUAUUCAACUCAACCUUGGAUUAGAGAAAGAAUUGGAUUUUUACCAUUACGUAAAAUUAAUGCAUUUCCACCUGGUGCUUGUAGUGAUAAAGCGGAUGAUCCACAAUAUUUCUUUAAGAAUAAUGAUUUUGUUGUAAAUAUGGCUGGUUGCGAAUGGGGAAGAGAUUGUUGGGGUGAAAUGGAACAUUAUAAAGCAUUAUCUAAAAAAUUACAUAAAAGAUGGUGGAAAUUCUGGAGUUAA